AUGAAUUGGCAGCUGUUUGGCAUUUACAUCUCGAGUUGGUACUUCUGUUCCAUUGCCCUGUCGAUAUACAACCGAUGGAUGUUUGAUCCGAAAGAUGGGCUCGGUGUCACGUUCCCUAUCAUCCUCACGUCAUUCCAUCAGUUUACUCUGUGGUUUCUAUCGUACAUAUACAUCAAAGUCAUGGACAGGAACACCACGAGGACGAUACCGACGGUGAAAUGGAGUUUUUAUGCGAAGUUUCUAAUACCCACUGCGGUUGCAACCGCUGGUGACAUUGGGUUCAGUAACGUCUCCUUCAAGUUCGUCCCACUGUCUGUGUACACCAUUGUCAAGUCCUCGAGUAUAGCGUUUGUGUUGCUUUUCAGUUGCCUGUUCAAGUUGGAGAAGUUCCAUUGGAAGCUUGGGGCGAUAGUGUCUGUGAUGUUUGUUGGUGUUGCGCUGAUGGUGUAUAAACCGAACAGCACAAGCGGCGAGGACACCGACGAGGGGACGCUAGUGUUUGGUGCGCUGUUAGUUCUAAUGAGCGCGGCUCUCUCUGGACUUCGAUGGGUAUUCACCCAAUUGAUCCUGAAGAAACGGGCUCCAGCGCAGGACGCAACGGAGGCGAACAAGAUUGCGGCACUGGAGAGUCAACGGGAAAACAGGGAAGACGUCAAGCCGGAGAAACCACACCCAAUAUACACGAUAUACCAACUGGCGCCCAUCAUGGGCGCGACAUUGCUCAUAACUGCGCUAAUCGUUGAGAGACCCAUCCCUGGAUUGUUCGCUUGCAACUUGUUCAAGACACAUUUCAACCCAGACUUGACAAUCACUGCUGUGACUGGUCUACGAGGAUUCGUACUCAUGGUAAUCCCCGGUGUGGCCGUUUUCGUGCUUACUUUAAGUGAGUUCGGCAUACUACAAAUGGCCAAAGUGUUAACUCUUUCCGUUUCCGGCAUCGUGAAGGAGGUGUUAACCAUCCUGUUCGGUGUCUGGAUCCUGCACGAGAGAAUAAGCGGGGUGUACAACAUCCUAGGGAUGUCUAUUGUACUCCUGGACGUGUGCUACUACAACUACUUCAGAUACAGACAAAAAACAAGCGUCUGGACAAAAACGCGCUACGAACAUCAUCCGACCAAGCGGCAGAGCAACUCAUACCGCCAGGAGAAGCUGCCGCCGCUGCUGUUGGCCGUACAGACGCAGAUGAGGACAGCGACGAACGGUACAACUUCAACGACAUCAUAG